AGGUUGGCUUGGCCGCAAGCCUGGGAGCCAUACCUUGCGCUCACAUCGCCCGGUACUUAUGUAUGUCGUCGACGCGCCGGUGUCCAAGCAUCACCGUAAGCCUUAGAAAGCAGCUAAUGAUGGUGGACCCAUGAUCAGGGGCAGCUCCCGAACAUCGGAAUGGAUAUCCUAUAAGGAAGCCGAUGACCUCCCGAGCAAGUCCGGCAGGCCGAGCUCGUGGGGACCCGGGUGAUGCUAGACAAGCUUUCCCUCUGUCCAUUCUUAUCCAAUGGACUCUUGCCUCCGCCAAAGUCUGCCAAGGCUAUGAUGUUCAGAGGGCAGCGCGGAGAGGACGGCAACCGCGGGUCGGGAUGGUGGACUCAAGGUCUGGGCAAGGCUGGGCAAGCCUUUGUGUGCAGGACGUCUGGACUCGAGUCGGCUUCCUGCAGCUUGCAUUGCCGGCGACUUACGUUGCAUUGGCCAGUGAAGAGCCCGGCCACCCCGCAUUCCUCCCCGAACCAGGCCUAGGGGAGCGGUUGGUGAAGAACGCAGCCACGCGUGCCCGACGCACAUUCGCUCCAUCUCAGCCUCAAAAAGCGCCCCGGUUUCCGGAAUUGGAUGUUUGAUGCCAUCACACCUUUACCCGGGCGCCCCGAUUUCUCGGGACGGGCGAACACUGGCUCGAAAAUGAAUAUUCGGUCCGCACCCGCAAGUCACACAGAGGCUGACACCCGGCGGCUGACCGGUGUGAUGGCACGGAACGCGGAUGAAACAUGGCUGUCGAUGGCACACCCCAGUAUAUCAUGCCAGGCGGCAGACGCCUUCUGAUUGGGAGGGGUUGGCCCCAAACUUGGGGC